CGGCCCGGGGUGUGCGGCAAGUGGCGGGCGCCGCGGCCGGGCCGAGGUGAGCGCGUCGCCCGCUCCCCCUGCGGCGGACUUUGGGUGCGACUGGAGCGGUGGUUCGACAGGCGGCCUUGCGGGCCGGAUCGUCCCAGGGAGGAGUUGUGAGCCUGCUUCUGGGCAGACCUAUUGGUACCUGGCCUUCCUCCGCGGGUUAUAUACCCAACUUAGCGUUUAGAAAAUGGGGCCCACGAGACGCAUCGUUACUAUCAAAAGGAGCGGGGUCGACGGUCCCCACUUUCCCCUGAGCCUCAGCACCUGCUUGUUCGGAAGGGGUAUUGAGUGUGACAUCCGCAUCCAGCUGCCGGUUGUGUCAAAACAACACUGCAAAAUUGAAAUCAAUGAGCAGGAGGCAAUAUUGCAUAAUUUUAGUUCCACAAAUCCCACACAAGUAAAUGGGUCUGUUAUUGAUGAGCCCGUAAAGCUAAAACAUGGAGAUGUAAUAACGAUUAUUGAUCGAUGUUUCAGGUAUGAAAAUGAAAGUCUUCAGAAUAGAAGGAAGUCAACUGAAUUUCCAAGGAAAAUACAUGGACAGGAGCCAACACGUCGUGUCUCAAGAUCCAGCUUCUCUUCUAACCCUGAUGGGAAAGCUGCAGAUUCCAAGGCGUAUUUAAAAAUCACUGAAGGAAAAGUUUCAGGAAGUCCUCAGGUACAUACCAAGACUGUCAAAGAAGACAGUACUGCGGAUGACUCAGAAGGCAGUGUUGCCCAGGAAACACCUGAUGGUCACUCCUCAGAACAUGCUGGACAUAAUGGCAGAAAUGCAGCUCAUCGCAUUUCUGGGGAUUUUAGAGAAAUUUCCAGGGUAAAAUUAAUGAGCCAUUGUGGAGAACUGAAGUCUCUUUCCACCACACAGUGUCUUGACGAUAGCCAAAAAAAUGAAUCUCCCUUUAGGAAGCUAUAUCAGUCAAUGAAGAAAGAGCUGGGUAUAAAAUCACAAAAAGAAAAUGUGCCACAGUAUUGUAGAAAAUCGGGAUUACAAACUGAUUACACAGCAGAAAAAGAAAGUGCUGAUGUUUUACAGCAGGAGACACAACUGUUGGUCUCAUGUAUGUCAAGACCGAAAUCUGGUGGAGGCAGCCACGCCAUGGCAGAGCCUGCUUCACCUGAGCGAGAGCUUGCCCAGGCCAAGGGCAAGGGAAGAGAUGUGGAGUCUGUUCAGACUCCCAGCAAGGUGGUGGGUGCCAGCUUUCCUCUCUAUGAGCCGGCUCAAAUGAAGACCCCUGAACAAUAUCCACGGCAACAAAAUUCUCCACAAAAACAUAAGAACAAAGACCUGUAUACUAUUGGUAGAAGAGAAUCUGUGAAUCUGGGUAAAAACAAAGGCUUCAAGGCUGGCGAUAAAACUCUUACUCCCAGGAAGCUUUCAGCUAGAAAUCGAACACCAGCUAAGGUUGAAGAUGCAGCCGACUCUGCCGCUAAACCAGGAAAUCUCUCUUCCAAAACCAGAGGAAGUAUUCCUAUAGAUGUGGAAGUUCUGUCUACAGAAGCUGAAAUUCAAAAUGACCCCCUUUUAACUGUGUGGCUCACUGAAGUUGAAAGAAAAAUCCAAAAGGAUUCCCUCCAUGAGCCUGAGAAAGUGGGUGUCACAACUGGACAGAUGUGCCCUGAGUUACCUGGUCUUAGUGCAGUUGAUAUCAGCAACUUUGGUGAUUCCCUUAAUAAGAGUGAGGGAAUACCUUUGAAAAGAAGGCGUGUGUCCUUUGGUGGGCAUCUAAGACCUGAAUUAUUCGAUGAAAACUUGCCUCCUAAUACGCCUCUCAAAAGGGGAGAAACCCCAAUCAAAAGAAAGUCUCUGGUAGUGCACACUCCACCUGUCCUGAAGAAAAUCAUCAAGGGACAGCCUCGACCGUCAGGAGAACAGCAGUCAACUUCAGAAAUGCAUUUGGAAGUGAUGGCACAGAGCUUGGUUACAAGCCCUCCAGCCCCUAGUCCUAGGAAAACUCCAGUUGCCAAUGAUCGUAGGUCCUGCCAAGCAGCCCCUGCUUCCAGCAGCAAAUCUCAGACAGAGGUUUCUAAGAGAGGAGGGAGAAAGAGUGGCAACCUGCCUUCAAAGAGAGUGUCUCUCAGGCGCAGCCAACAUGGUAUUUUACAGAUGAUCUGUUCCAAAAGAAGAAGCGGUGCUUCUGAAGCCAAUCUCAUUGUUGCAAAAUCGUGGGCAGAUGUAGUAAAACUUGGUGCAAAACAAACACAGACUAAAGUCGUAAAACAUGGCCCUCAAAGGCCAGUGAUCAAAAGACAAAGAAGACCUGCUACUCCAAAGAAGCCUGCGGGUGAUGCUCACAGUCAGUUUAGUACAGGCCAUGCAAACUCUCCUUGUACCAUAAUCAUAGGGAAAGCUUACACUGAAAAGGUACAUGGGCCUGCUCAACCCUACAGAAUGCUCAACAACUUCAUUUCCAAUCAAAAAAGGGACUUCAAGGAAGAUCUUUCAGGAAUAGCUGAAAUGUUCAAGACCCCAGUGAAGGAGCAACCACAGUUGACAAGCACAUGUCACAUCACUAUUUCAAAUUCAGAGAAUUUGCUUGGAAAAAAGGUUCAAGUAACUAGUUCAGGAGAAGAACCUUUGCCACCCACCUCAGAGAGUUUUGGAGGAAAUGCAUUCUUCAGUGCACAGAAUGCAGCAAAAGAACUGCCCGAUCGGUGUUCUGUAAGCCCUACCUUAACACGGCCGAGUAUUAGAGAAAAUGGAAACACAGCAACAACUCCUAGGAACACCUACAAAAUGACUUCUGUGGAGAUGAAGACUUCAGAUACUCAGGCAGAGCCUUCAAAGACAGUAUCCAGUGCAAACAAGUCAAGAAGGUCUACUGAGCUCAGAAAUGUACAGAAGCUACCUGCGGAAAGUAAGAGCGAAGAAACAAAUACUGGCAUUGUCAACUGCGUCAUAGGAAGAUGUCAGAAGACAACACCACUGCAACGAAAGAGAGGAGGAGAGAUGAAGGAAAUCGAAAGACCCUUUGAGACGCGUAAGGAAAAUAUUGAAUUAAAAGAAAAUGUUGAAAAGAUGAAAGCAGUGAAGAGAUCAAGAAGAACCUGGGGGCCGAAAGGUGAACCAGUGUCAGACCUAACAGAUCUCAAGAGCUUGCCUGAUACAGAACGCAUGAAAGACCUGGCUCAUGGCCAGGAACUCCUCCAAACCCAAGAUCAUACCAAGGUACCAGAGAGUGAGAAGGACAAAAUCACUAAAAUGCCCUGCAGGUCAUUACAGCGAGAACCAACAGACACCCCAACGUGCAUGAAGCAGCAGCCCAAGACAUCCCUGGGGAAGGUGGGUGUGAAAGAAGAGCUCCUUGCCGCAGGCAAGCUCACACGGACACCAGCGGAGACCACACACACACACACAGAGCCAGCAGGAGAUGGAAAGAGAAUCAGAGCAUUUAAGGAGUCUCCAAAGCAGAUCCUGAACCCAGUAGCCUAUGUAACUGGAACAAAGAGGUGGCCAAGAACGCCUAAGGAAGAGGCCCAAUCACUGGAAGACCUGGCUGGCUUCAGAGAGCUCUUCCAGACGCCAGGUCACACUGAGGAAUCAAUGACCAAUGAGAAAACUACCAACAUACCCAGCAAAACUCUACCACCAGAGUCAGUGGACACCCCAACAAGCACAAAGCAACGGCCUAAGAGAAGUCUCAGGAAAGCAGACAUAGAGGAAGAAUUCUUAGCACUCAGGAAACUGACACCAUCAGCAGGGAAAGCCACGCGCACACCCAAACUGACAGCAAGUGAUGAGAAAGACAUGAAAGCAUUGAUGGGAACUCCAGUGCAGAAACUGGACCUGGUAGGAAAUUUACCUGGUAGCAAGAGACAGCCACAGACUCCUAAGGAGAAGGCCCAGGCUCUAGAAGACCUGGAUGGCUUUAAAGAGCUUUUCCGGACUCCUGGUCACACCAAGGAAUCAGUGGCUGCUGGCAAAACCACUAAAAUACGCUGCAAAUCUCCACAACCAGACCCAGUGGACACCCCAACAAGCACAAAACAACGACCCAAGAGAAGUCUCAGGAAAGCAGACAUAGAAGAAGAAUUCUUAGCACUCCGGAAACUAACGCCAUCAGCAGGAAAAGCCACGCACACACCCAAACUGGCAGUAGGUGAAGAGAAAGACAUCAGCACAUUUGUGGGAACUCCAAUGCAGAAACUAGACCUGCCAGAGAACUUAAUCGGGAGCAAGAGACGGCCACAAACUCCUAAGGAAAAGGCCCAGGCUCUAGAAGACCUGGCUGGCUUCAAAGAGCUCUUCCAGACCCCUGGUCACACUGAGGAAGCAGUGGCUGCAGGCAAAACCACUAAGGUGCCCCACAAAUCUUCUCCGCCAGAAUCAGCAGACACCCCAACAAGCACAAGAAGGCGGCCUAAGACACCUUUGGGAGAAAGAGAUGUACAGAAAGAGCUCUUAGCCCUGAAGAGGCUCACACAGAUAUCAGGGGAAACCACACACACAGCCAAAGCACCAGGAGGUGAGGAUACAGGCAUCAAAGUGUUUAAGGAAACUGCUAAGCAGAAACUGGACCCAGCAGCAAGUGUAAGUGGCAGCAAGAAGCCACCAAGAACUCCUAAGAGAAAGGCCCAAUCCCUAGAAGACCUGACCGGCUCGAAAGAGCUCUUCCAGACACCAGUAUGCACUGAUAAGCUCACGACUGAUGAAAACACUACCAAAAUAGUUUGCAAAUCUCCACAACCAGACUCAGUGGACACCCCAACAAGCUUCCAGGCACAGCCCAAGAGAAGUCUCAGGAAAGCAGACGUAGAAGAAUUCUCAGCCCUCAGGAAACGAACAUCAUCAGCAGGCAAAGCCAUGCGCACACCCAAACCAGCAGUAGAUGAUGAGAAAAACAUCAGUGCAGUUAUGAGAACUCCAGUGCAGAAACUGGACCUACCAGAAAACUUAACUGGCAGCAAGAGACGGCCACAGACUCCUAAGGAAAAGGCCCAGGCUCUAGAAGACCUGGCUGGCCUCAAAGAGCUCUUCCAGACCCCUGGUCACACUGAGGUAUCAAUGACUAAUGAAAAAACUGCCAGGAUGGCCUGCAGAUCUUCACAACCAGACCCAGACAAAACCCCAGCAAGCUCCAAGCAAUGGCUCAGGACAUCCCUGGGGAAGGUGGGUGAGAAAGAAGAACUCUUAGCAGUCAGCAAGCUCACACAGAUGCCAGUGGGGACGACACACACACACGCAGAGCCAACAGGAGAUGGCAAGAGCAUCAGAGCAUUUAAGGAGUCCCCAAAGCAGAUCUUAGACCCAGCAGCAAGUCUAACUGGCAGCAAGAGGCAGCCAAAAAAUUCUAAGGAAAAGGCUGAAGUCCUUGAAGACCUGGUCGGCUUCAAAGAGCUCUUCCAGACACCAGGUCACACUAAGGAAUCAAUGACUAAUGAAAUAAGUACGAAAAUACUCUACAGCUCUUCACCACCAGACCCAGUGGACACCCCAACAAGCUGCAAGCCACAGCCCAAGAGAAGUCUCAGGAAAGCAGAUGUAGAAGAAGAAUUUUUAGCAUUUAGGAAACUAACACCAUCAGCAGGCAAAGCCAUGCACACACCCAAACCAGCAGGAAGUGAAGAGAAAGACAUGAAAGCAUUGAUGAGAACUUUAGUGCAGAAACUGGACCUGCCAGAAAAUGUACCUGGCAGCAGGCAAUGGCCACAAACUCCUAAGGAAAAGGCCCAGGCUCUAGAAGACCUGGCUGGCUUCAAAGAGCUUUUCCAGACACCAUGCACUGAUAACCCCACAACUGACAAGAAAACCACCAAAAUACCCUGCAAAUCUCCACAGACGAAUCCAGUGGACACCCCAACAAGCACAAAGCAACGACCAAAGAGAAGUCUCAGGAAAGCAGACAUAGAGGAAGAAUUUUCAGCACACGGGAAACUAACGCCAUCAGCAGGAAAACUCGUGCACACACCUAAACCAGCAGUAGGUGAAGAGAAAGAUGGCACAUUUGUGGGGACUCCAGUGCAGAAACCGGACCUGCCAGGAAAUUUACCUGGUAGCAAGAGACGGCCACAAACUCCUAAGGAGAGGGCCCAGACCCAUGCUCUAGAAGAAUUGGCUGGCUUCAGAAAGCUCUUCCAGACACCGGAUCACACUGAGGAAUCAACAGCUACUGACAAAAUCACAAAAGUAUCCUGCAAAUCUCCACAACCAGACCCCGUCAAAACCCCGACAAGCUCCAAGCGACGGCGCAAGACAUCCCUCGGGAAAGCAAGCGUGAAAGAAGAGCUCCUAGCUGUCAGCAAACUCACGCAGACGUCAGGGGAGACCACGCACACACACAGAGAGCCAGCAUGCGAUGGAAAGAGCAUCAGAGCAUUUAAGGAGUCUGCAAAGCCGAUGCUGGACUCAGCAGACUAUGUAACUGGAACGAAGAGGUGGCCAAGAACACCUAAGGAAGAGGCCCAAUCACUAGAAGAUCUGGCCGGCUUCAGAGAGCUCUUCCAGACACCACGUCACACUGAGGAAUCAAAGACUGAUGACAAAACUACCAACAUACCCUGCAAAUCUCCACCGCCAGAAUCAGUGGACACCCCAACAAGCACAAGAAGGCGUCCCAAGACAGCUUUGGGGAAAAGGAAUGUAGUAGAAGAGUUCUCAGCCCUGAAGAGGCUCACACAGACACCAGGGGGAAUCACACACACAGACAAAGCACCAGGAGGUGAGGAUACAGGCAUCAAAGUGUUUAAGGAAACUGCUAAGCAGAAACUGGACCCAGCAGCAAGUGUAAGUGGCAGCAAGAAGCCGCCAAGAACUCCUAAGAGAAAGGCCCAAUCCCUAGAAGACCUGACCGGCUUGAAAGAGCUCUUCAAGACACCAGUAUGCACUGAUAAGCUCACGACUGAUGAAAAUACUACCAAAAUAGUUUGCAAAUCUCCACAACCAGACCCAGUGGACACCCCAACAAGCUUCCAGGCACAGUCCAAGAGAAGUCUCAGGAAAGCAGACAUAGAGGAAGAAUUCUUAACACUCAGGAAAACAUCAGCAGGCAAAGCCAUGCGCACACCCAAACCAGCAGUAGAUGAUGAGAAAAACAUCAGUGCAGUUAUGAGAACUCCAGUGCAGAAACUGGACCUACCAGAAAACUUAACUGGCAGCAAGAGACGGCCACAGACUCCUAAGGAAAAGGCCCAGGCUCUAGAAGACCUGGCUGGCUUCAAAGAGCUCUUCCAGACUCCAGGCAUGGACAAGCCCACUACUGAUGAGAAAACUACCAAAAUACGUUGCAAAUCUCCACAACCAGACCCAGUGGACACCCCAACAAGCACAAUUCAAUGGCCCAAGAGAAGUCUCAGGAAAGCAGAAGUAGAGGAAGAAUUUUCAGCACUCAGGAAGCUAACUCCAUCAGCAGGCAAAGCCAUGCACACACCUAAACCAGCAGUAAGUGAUGAGAAAAACAUGAACACAUUUGUGGAAACUCCAGUGCAGAAACUGGACUCGCCAGGAAAUUUACCUGGUAGCAAGAGACAGCCACAAACUCCUAAGGAAAAGGCUGAGGCUCUCGAGGACCUGGCUGGGUUCAAAGAGCUUUUCCAGACACCAGAUCACACUGAGGAAUCGAUGACUAAUGACAAGAUCACAGGAGUAUCAUGCAAAUCUCCACAGCCAGAGCCAUUCAAAACCUCAAGAAGCUCCAGGCAACAGCUCAAGGUAUCCCUGGUGAAAGUGGGCAUGAAAGAAGAGCUCCUCACAGUCAGCAAGCUCACACGGACAUCAGAGAAGACUGCACAAACACACACAGAGCCAACAGGAGGUGGUAAGAGUAUCAAAGCCUUUAAGGAGUCUCCAAGGCAGAUCGUGGACCCAGCAGCAAAUAUAACUGGUAGCAAGAGGCAGCUGAGAACUCGUAAGGAAAAGGCCCACAUUCUGGAAGACCCAGGUGUCUUCAAAGAGCUCGGCCCAGCACCAAGUCAUGCUGAAGAGUCCAUGACUACUGACAAAAACACCAAACCUCCCUGCAAAUCUCCCCCACCAGAACUAGCAGACACUGCCAAGAACACAAAGAGAUGCGCCAGGACACGUCUCAGGAAAGAAGUGAAAGAGGAGCUCUCAGCAGUUCAGAAGCUCACACAAACAUCAGGGCAAAGCGCGCACACACACACAGAACCAGCGAGUGAUGGUGAAGGCACCAAAGUAUUCAGGCAACAUGCCAAGAAGACACCGAACCCAGGAGUAGAGGAACCCAGCAGGAGAAGGCCAAGAGCACCUAAGGCAAAGGCCCAACCCCUGGAAGACCUGGCUGGCUUCAAAGAGCUUUCUGAAACACCAGGUCACUCUCAGGAAUCACUGACUACUGGCAAAGCCACUAAAAUACCCUGCAAAUCUCCCCCACUACAACUAGUAGACACCAGAACAAGCACCAAGAGGCAUCUCAGGACACAUGCGAGGAAGGUGGAAGUGAAAGAAGAGCCGUCAGCAGUCGGUAAGUUCACACAGACAUCAGGGGAAGUGGCGGAUGCAGACAGAGAAUCAGUAGGUAAAGAUAAAGGCAUCAAAGCAUCUAAGGAACCUGCAAAGCAGACACUGGCUCCAGCAGCAUGUGUAACUGGCAGCAGGAGACGACCAAGGGCACCCAGGGAAAAUGCCCAUGCCCUGGAAGACCUGGCUGGCUUCCAAGACCCAGCACCAAGUCACCCUAAAGAAUCAAUGACUGGUGACAAAGCCACUAAAAUAGCCUGCAAAUCAUUGCCAGAACCAGUAGACACUGCAACAAGCUCAAAGAGACGGCUCAGGACACGUGCCCAGAAAGUAGAAGUGAAGGAAGAGCCCUUAGCAGGCGGCCAGCUCCCACCAGCGUCAGGGGAGACCACGCACACUGACAAAGAACCAGCAGGUGAAGGCAAUGGGGUGAAAGCAUUUAAGCAACCUUCAAAGCGGAAGCUGGACCCAGAAAAUGUCAUUGGCAGCAGGAGACGGCCACCAGCACCUAAGGAAAAGGCCCAACCCCCAGAAGAUCCGGCCAGCUUUCAAGAGCUCUCUCAAACACCAGGCCACACUGAGGAACCAGCCAAUGGUGCUGGCAGCUUUACAGGAACUUCAAAGCAAACACCUGACAGUGGAAAACCUCUAAAAAUAUCCAGAAGAGUUCUUCGGGCCCCUAAAGUAGAACCUGUGGGAGAUGAGGUAGGCACCAGAGACCCUGUAAAAUCACAAAGCAAAAGCAACUCUUCCCUGCCCCCACCGCCCUGCAAGAGGGGAUGUGGAAGAGAUGGAAGCGUCACAGGAAUCAAGAGGCUGUGCUUUAUGCCUGUGCCAGAGGAAAUAGUGCAAGAGCUUCCGGCCAGCAAGAAGCAGAGGGUUCCUCCAAGGCUGAGAGCCAAGUCACCCGAACCCUUGGUCAUCAUGAAGAGAAGCUUGAGGACUUCUGCAAAAAGAAAUGAACCUGCAGAAGAGCCGAACAGCAACAGCAUGAACACCAACAAAGAGGAACACGGAGUACAAGACUCGGUCCCUGAAAAGAAGGGAAUGUCUCUGCGUGCCAGACGCCAAAAUAAGACUGAUGCGGAACAGCCUACAACUGAGGUCUUUAUAUUAGCAGAAAGAAUAAAAACAAACAGAAAUGCAAAGAAGCCCAUGAAGACCCCCCAAGAGAUGGACAUUCGGAGUCCGGAUGAUGGAGCCCAGAAACCCGUACGUGGGGGCAAAGCCGGUGAAGACAAAAGGCGCUUGAGGUCUGUUAGACAGAAUAGGAGCUCCCAGCCUCAGGUGGCAGAGGAGAGCGAGGGGCAGAAGAGCACGGGGACUCUCCUGCAGAAUCAGGAAAGGAAAGGAGAGGCAGGAAAUUCAGACUCCAUGCAUUUGAGAUCAAGAAAGACCAAAAGCCAGUCUGCAGCAAGCACUUUGGAGAGUGAAUCUGCACAGGGAGUUACGCGGGGUGUCAAGAGGUGUGCAGAGAAUCCGAAGAAGGCUGAGGACGUGGUAUGCAUCAAGAAAAUAAGAACCAGAGGCACCAGGGCAGUGAAGAUAUUUAACACAAAAAUCUAACAGGGAAAAAUAUAAUAAAGUUAGUUUUGUGAUAAGUUCUAAUACCGUUUUUGUCAUAAAUUAAAGUGAAUUUUGUAGGUAAAGCUGUCAGUCUGCGCAAGGGAAGAAAACUUGGGGUAUGCUGGGUCUGAAUGGGCUUCCUUGAUCUUGAACUCCUGACCUCAAGUGAUCCACCCACCUUGGCCUCCCAAAGUGCUGGGAUUACAGGCGUGAGCCACCAUGCCUGGCCUGAAUGGGCUUCCUAAACUUCACUGGGAGCACUGCUGGGCUCCCGGAUGAAGAACAGUUGAACAUGGGGGGCUUCGGGAAGGAGUUUGAGCUGAGGUUUGCCCUCAGCUUUGCAGAAUGAAGUGUUGAGGUCCAUCACCACCCACAGCCACCCUACAGCAGCCCUAACUGUGACUCCUGCCACACUGUGUCACUGUUUAAAUGUUUGCCUGUGUCCUCCAGAGCACGAUGGCAGGAACGUCCAUCCUCAGCUGUCCCAGCACCGAGCAGGCACUCGGGAAACACGAAUGAAUGGAUGAGUGCACCGAUGAAUGGAACUUACAAGAUCUGUCUUUCUAAUGGCUGCGGGGGCAUUUGGUCUCCACACUGAGGCUAUUGGACAUCUGCACAGGACAGUCCUAUUUUUUGUGACCUUUCCUUUCUGGAAAUAAAGUGCUUUGGAGGAUGACUUGUGAAUACAUCUCUAGGGACCAAGAGUGACCUUCUUUAAGGAGUGGCUCAUGGCUUGCCUUUGUCUCUUGGGAGUGCUUUUGUAAGCAGGGCUGCUCUCACCUGAGACAGCCUCCCCACAUGGGAUCUCUGUCCCGGCUACAGUGCGUCUCCACUUCAAACCGUGGCUCCUCAUCUGCACCUCUCCAGCUUACCUGUUAUUGACAGUUCCGGAAGUUUACUGGCUGUGCUCCCGCCUGUUCUCUUUCUGACUACCUGGCAGCCUGAUGCCACCCGGUACAUGCAGUGGCACCAGUACUCUGAAAAGCAUCCUCGUCCUUGGAGGGACUGAGCACUCAGCCCCUUCAGCCACAGUUUCAGGAUCACAUCCUGGUGAGCUGUUGCCUCCGAAAUCUCUUUUGAAGUCCAGACUUCUUUCUCCAGCUCCAGACCCGUAGACAUAACUGUUACUCAUCUCCGCUUACUUUCUACUUUGUCCCUGUUCUCUCUAUGUUCCCCUAAUCAGAGAAUAGUGCACCACCCCCCAGGUCACCUGUUUGGACUCCCCUAUUCACCCACCUUGCCAGAUGGAGGUGAGGAUGGCACACCUGACAGGGUAGCUGUCCCCCAGCGUGUGCUCUAUGCAGGCAGUGCCCCGUCUCCACACUUGUCUCCCCAGUGUCUGGCGGGGAGCCAGGUAACAUCAUAAAUACUUGCUCAAUGAAUGCAGAAAUCAGUGCUAUUGGCUUGUGUUAUAUUGGCUGCCAUGAUAGUGUUCUGACAGCGUUGUCCGUGAUCAUAAGGAGAAUGACGUUCUGCUGGAGGGAGGGAACAGAAAGGGGUAGGGAGGGGACAUCUGAGGGCUCCACAGGCUGCAAAGGGGACAGGGAUUGCACCAGAGCAGAGCGGGGGAGGAUAUUCAAGGAGGAGCAGCUCUUGGUGGAGGCACUUUGGAAGGUGUGAGGCAUAAAUGCUUCCUUCUAGUUAGCCCAGCUUCAGAACCGUGAGUAGGAAUGUUGCUAUGAUCAAGUUGUUCUAACACUUCAGACUUUCUAGUAGUUAUGAACCUCACAUUAGAAAAAUGUCAUGCAGCCAUAUGCCUAUAGAGUGGAAUAUUCUGUUUAGUAGGAAAAUCCUUGGAGUUCAGUUCUAACCAGAAAUCUUGCUGAAGUGUGUCAGCACCUUUUCUUACCCUGACCAGACUGACCACUGAGCACUGCUCUCCCUCCCUUCCUCCUCAGCCUCUCCCGAUGGUGAUGAGCCCCAGGUGCACCCUCUUCCCUGACCAGACUGACCACUGAGCACUCAGUAUUUCAAGAACACACUAAGGGUGGUUUUCAUCUUACAGGGCUGUUAAUGACUGAUUAGAAACAUUCAUUCAAGGGCUACCCCCAUGUUUAAUAGAUGGAGAACACUUCUACACAACAUUUUCACUUGGUAUUGGUGGGGAGGGGGGAUCUGCCAAAUACUGCCCAUUCCUCUAGGCUGACUAUUUGAGAACAAAUACCCACCUAUUCCCACUAUGGCAUGGUAACUUCUCUGAGCUUCAGUUUCUAAGCGAAUUUCUGUGUGAUAGGACAUUCCCAAUAAAUAGAAGCUGUUUUGACUUUUUCACCUCCAACGGCCUGUGUGAUAUGGCCCCCAAGCCUUUCCUGAGCUUUCUUUUUUUUUCCCCGAGACUGAGUUUCUCUGUGUCGCCAGGCUGGAGUGCAGUGGCACUAUCAGCACACUGCAAACCUCUUCCUCCUGGGUUCAAGUGAUUCUCCUGCCUAAGCCUCCUGAGUAGAUGGGACUACAGGUGCCCACCACCAUGACUGGCUAAUUUUUGUAUUUUUAGUAGAGAUGAGGUUUCACCAUGUUGGCCAGGAUGGUCUUGGUCUCUUGACCUAGUGAUCCACACGCCUCGGCCUCCCAAAGUGUUAGGAUUACAGGUGUGAGCCACUGCACCCACCAUUCCCUGCCUCGAUUAGCCAGGCACCCUCAGCCACCACAUGCCCCCUCUGUUUCCCCUACCUAGAACUUUCCCUUCUGCCCCACCAACAUCAUUUCAUCCAGUACUGAGCUCAGCUGAAGGGAGCCUUCUUCCCUGUGGGCAUCCUCACCCCCACGCCUGUCGUCCAGGCUGGGGCAGGUCCUUCAUUUGCCUGGAAUUGUUCUGUACCUCUUUGUAGCAUGUAGCACUGUGGAUGCUAAACCACUGAGUCUCCGGCCCCCUCCUGGAGUGGUAAGUUUUGUUCAUUCAUGAGGGCUGACUGUGUAUUUCCUGGUUACUAUAUCCCAGUGACCAGCCCCAGGAGAUGUCCAACAAAGUGUGUGAUGAAAUGGUCUUAAAA